AAUUUGUGAAUUGUGAAACAAACAAAGAAUGUAGAAGAUGUGCACUUGUUAAAUAUUUACCAGUUGUAGAUAGUAGGAGACUAAGGAUAUAAAUACAUAUUUGUUCUGUUUGUAAUUAGUUGCAAUACUUAUAAUGUUAUCCAUGCAUUUAUUGGCCUACAAUGACUUGAAACUUUCAAAAAUGUGCUUUCUAGUUAACUGUCUCAAGCGCUUAAAAAGUUCACAACAAUGGCUAGAUCGUCAAAAAGCUGAUCCGUAUGUUGAAAAAGCCAAAAUAUACAAUUACAGAUGUCGAAGCGCUUUCAAACUUUUGGAAAUGAAUGAAAAGACAAAUAUUCUUACUCCCGGCUUGACUGUUGUUGAUCUUGGUGCAUCACCUGGUUCUUGGACUCAAGUAGCAGUACAGAAGACUAAUUCUGAUGGAGCUGAUAAAAGUAAACCUAAAGGCACAGUGUUGUCAAUUGACAAACUGCAAAUAUUUCCUAUAUCGGGUGCGACAAUAAUGAGCAACAUGGAUUUCUCAACUAUUGAAGCACAUGAUAAAGUGGUAGCAGCUCUUAAUGGUAAGAAAGUAGACCUGGUGUUAUCUGAUAUGGCUCCAAGUGCUACUGGGAUAAGAGAAUUAGAUAAGGAUAGAAUUAUAGGUCUUUGUUAUAUGGCAAUUAGAUUUGCUGCUCUAGUCACUAAAGUUAAUGGCAAUUUAUUGUUUAAAGUUUGGGAUGGUAAGGAGGUACCCAUAUUAGAAAUGGAUUUGGAAAGAUUUUAUGAAACUAUAAAGAUAAUGAAGCCAAAAGCAAGUAGAUCAGACUCAUCUGAAAAAUUCAUACUUGCUCGUGGCUUUAAAGGGAUUCAGAGGCCCUUAGAAAAUGGACGCUGGGGCUAAGUUUAUUAUUUUAGAAUGUCAAAUACUCAUUACAUUAAAAAUGGAAUUUGUUAUAAAUAAAAUAUGACCAGUAAAAAAGGUCGAUGAAUCAGCAGCCAGAUUAACAAUGGGUACCUUUUUAAAGUAAUUCAAUAGAGAUUAAGAAAAAAAAAAUUAAAAAAAAAUAUUUUAAGCAGGGCCCAUCUAAUAAACAUUAUAAUUUAAAUAUUUGCAAAGUAAGCACCAUUUACCAUAUAAUAGUACUUACCAUUACCAUAGUACCAUUAUAAAAAAAAAACUACAAAAUUGUAAAAGUAACACAAUUUUUUUUAAAAUUGUAAAACUUAUUUUUGACCAUGGAGUAUAGAGGUAGGCACUUCGCCUACCGGUACGAGGCUGCCACUCGAGAACCUUUCUUCCCUAUCUGUGGUCGGUUCUUUGAGCUAUAUGGCCAACCCACUGCCACUUCAGCUUACUAAUCCGUUGGACUGUCGGUUACUCUGGUUCUACUGCGGAUAUCCUCAUUUCUAAGUUUAUCACGCAGAGACACCCCGAGCAUAGCCCUCUCCAUAGCUCGCUGAGCGACCUUGAGCUUCCUCAUACGGCCAGCAGUGAAGGACCACGUCUAAGAUCCGUAGUCAUCACUGGCAACACGCACUGGUUGUACAAUUUCGUUUUAAGGUUUUGAGGUAUGUCUGACGAGAAGAUGUGUCGUAGCUUCCCGAACGCUGCCCAGCCGAGUUGAAUCCGUCGAUUGACCUCUCGGUCGAAGUUGGACUUACCUAGUCGGACUAUUUGUCCCAGGUAAACAUACUCGUCAACAACUUCGAGCUUAGUGCUCCCAACAACUACCGGCAUAGGUGUGACAUGGACAUUAAACAUAAUCUUUGUUUUGUCCAUGUUCAUCUUAAGACCUAUCCGUUGGGAAACACUAUUGAGGUCAUUGAGCAUAGUGCUUAGGCCCUCCAGCGUUUCUGCCAUAAGGACUAUAUCGUCGGCAAAUCGAAGGUGAGUGAUGUACUCGCCAUUGAUGUUGAUACCAUACCCUUUCCAGUCCAGAAGCUUGAAAACGUCUUCCAAUGCAGCGGUGAAGAGUUUCGGGGAUAUGACGUCACCCUGUCUUACACCUCUCUGCAAUUGGAUAGGUUUCGUACUCUGGUUCUGUACUCGGAUAGCCAUCGUAGCCCUACUGUACAAGCACUUCAACACUUCGAUAUACCGACAGUCAACUUGGCACCGCUGAAGGGACUGCAGCACCGCCCAAAUUUCGACGGAAUCAAAGGCUUUCUCAUAGUCCACAUACGCCAGACAUAGUGGCAAAUUGUACUCUUCGGACUUCUGUAUAACUUGCCGAAGGGUAUGUAUGUGGUCUAUGGUGCUAAAGCCCUUUCGGAAACCGGCUUGUUCGGGAGGCUGGAAGUCGUCAAGUCUGCGCGCGAGACGAUUCAUAAUGACUCUCGAAAACAGCACGUAGACGCGGCUCAGAAGGGAAAUCGGUCUGUAGUUCUUCAAGAGAGCACCGCACUUCUGCUCCACUCCUCCGGAGUAGUGCCACCAUGGAGGACGGAAAUAAAGAGAUUCUGAAGGUACCUGUUUUUCAUCCGCUUUCAAAACCUCCGCUGUAAUUCUAUCCGGGGGACUUGCCGUUUUUAAGGUGCUGGAGAGCCAUUCUAAUCUCGCUCAGACUGACGUCCGGGAUAUCUUCGGAAUAGUGUCGGAUAAAACUCGCUCUUGGAUCGUUACUCACACUUGCGUGUGGCUCCAACGAUGACGUGUACAGCUGCCCAUAGAACCUCUCAAUCUCACUCAAAAAUCUCAGGUGUCCCGGAAACGAUGCUGCCACACUCGGUCUUCAGCUUUGACAGUUGGCUCUUUCUUGCAGACAGAUCUCUGGCAAAGACUUUGGAGCCUUGGUUCCGCUCGAUCGCUUCUUCAAUACAAGCUGUAUUGAAGUUGCGCAAGUCCCGCAGCAUGCAUUUGGAGAUCUGUCUGUUCAGUUGACUGUAUGCUGUCAAAUCUGUUGAAGAAUGUAGCUUCAUCUCCCGUCUAACAGCCAUGAGAUUAAGAGUGUGAUCGGAGAGUUUUUGUGUUCUUCUGCGGGUCUUGCAGAACUUAGCUCCUACCGCAUGGACAGUUUCCACGAGCUUGUCAUUCAUAUCGUCCACUUCAUUGCAGUCUUCUAGGCACUGAAAACGGUUUUGCAACUCGAGCUGAAAGGUUUCGGGACUUUGGAACAGAGCACGAGGGGGACGGAGCGUUGACUUCAUUAGACGAGACCUCUCCAACUUAACGUUUAGGUUCAGUGUACCUCUAACCAUUCGGUGAUCGCUACCAGUUUACACCCUCGCGAUCACUGAGACAUCACUGAACAGUUGUCGUCUGGUCGUCAUAAUGAAGUCAAUCUCAUUUUUUGUCGAACCGUCGGGGCUCGAUCAGGUCCACUUCCUGUGGGGCCGCUUCUGGAAGAAAGAGUUCAUCAUAAAGAGUCCCUCUUUCUCCAUGAAGUCGGCCAGCUGCUGGCCCCUUGGGUUCCGUUGCCCUAUUCCAAAUUUCCCUACUUUUAGCUCACCGUUCUAUCUUGUGCCUAGUUUUGCAUUGAAGUCUCCCAUUAACACCGUAUAGUGGAUUUUGGAGGAAUGCAUGGCUCUGGAGAUAUCCUCAUAACCUCCUCAUCGGGAUGUGCCGAAGUUGGUGCGUAAACCUGUAUAACCUUCAGCGAAUACCGUUUGGUGAUUCUGAGUAUAAGGUACGCAACCCUCGUCGAUACACUCUCAGUCUUUACAACGUUGUUAACGAGAGACUGGUGGACGAUAAAAUCCGACACCUCCUUUUAGUAGUAGAUAUUCUUAACCGCCACUACACGGCAUUUAUUUAAUUUACGACAACCUGACUGAGAAAUCGAAUUUAAAAUAAUUCAAUCCAUGCAAAGUGUAUAUUCAUAUAGUAUUUAACUCCUUGUGUAUUUUUUCAUCUUGUUCUCAUUACUUUUGGCGCUUUUUUAAAAAAAUUAUCCUAUGCUACCGCAGCGCCACCCUUAUUGGACGCGUUUUUACGGAAACUUAUCCUUAUACACAGAUAUGGUUCUCCUUACCUCUACACUCCAUAUUUUUGACUAACUGCUGCUUAACAAUAAUUAAUAACUGCCACCUAAACUGUCAGAACUGUGUUACAAUUCUACAAUUUAGUAAUUUUUUCCACUGUCAAUUUUGUAUUUUUUUUCGAUUUUUAUUUAUUGGGAAUGUUAUGUAGAAAUAUAAAAUGUAAUUGUAAAUUUUAAUAUAGGGGUCUCGAGUAUUAGAAAGUUUUUUAAACAUUUUCUUUCUCUCUGAAAUUGGAGAUUGUUUCAACUUCCGUUUGGUUGCGACUGUCUUAUUUUCUAUAGAUACGAAACUGCAAAGUGUACACACAUAGUGUGAUGAAUUCAUUAAAAAUUUUGAGCACCGAGAAAAACAUCUAUCUAUAAACAAUAUCUAUAAUAUAGAAGAUCAGAGCUCUACUUAAAUGCUUUUCUUUAUUAGUCUUACUUCACUUUUUACAUAAUUUAUUGUUCUCUUUAAAAUUCAAACUUAAGGUGUAUUUUAAUGUAAUUGAUGAAAAGUUACGAGGUUAGCAGGAGCCAAAAGAUAUUAAUUCUGAAUAGAUAUUGUAGAUAGAUUUUUUUUUUUGAGAUUUAAUGGCACAUGAAAUAUUAUCCAGCUAGUCCUAAAAUAGGUAAGAUUGGUCUUCCAUUAACAUAAUUAACUAAUAAUUAAAAAGUAAUUAAGUGACAAUGGAAACCUUGUAAACCGAGAAUAUUAUUUUUAAUGAUGACUAAUUGUUAGCUUGUUAAAAUGUAUAUUUUAUUUAAGAUGUAUAUUAUUUUUGGAUAGAGUUAAAAUUUGUUUAGGAAAUGUGUUACAUAAAUAAAAACAUUGUUUAUAAAAUAAUUAUUUUACUUAAGCGUACAUAUGUAUGGUGUUUAAUAAAGUUAAAAUAAAAUUACUAUUGUCAGUAUAUGCUUGUCCUUAUAAAAUAAACGAAUAUAUUUUUGGAUCUCAAAGUCUAGAAUCAUAAAGUAAAUACCUUUUUUAGUUAUUACUAAAAAUAAAUUUUUAAAUUUAAUUUAUUUAAAAAAUAUAUCACAAAUAAUUGUUGUAAAAUACCAACAUACCUAAGCAAUUUAUAUACCUACUUAUCUUUGGACGUAAAUUGUUUUAAAUAAUAUUUUUAAAAUUUGUAGAAAUACCUAUAACUUUUGUAUUUUAAUGUAUAGACAGACAAUAUCGCCAGCAAGCUUAGUUUUUAGCACAAUUAAAGCAUGAAGAAAGCCGGCGUAUAUUUUAAAUUACGAAAUGACAUGUGAAAUGAUAAGUACACUUUUUUUUUAUUGUAUGAGUUUGUUGCUUGUGCAAAACACAACCACAUGUAUGAACUAUGUUCUAUCCUUCCUGGAUACUGUAUACUCUGUCACAGAAUAAUUAAAAAAUGCACAAAAACCACGAAAUCCAUAAGCUAAUAAUGUAGCAUACCACUGCAGUUAUUAUUUGAUUACUUCUACUUCCAAUAUUUAUUUUAAAUGUUAUUUAGCUUUCUUUACAACUGAAAUAAAAUUAAUAAUAAACAUUAUU